UCACCGCGACUUUACAGACACUCUCACCCCCGCGAAUGGUGCCUCCUUCGGUUUUCCCGGGGCUGGACUGACGCGACGAGUCUCCGCGCUCCGUCUGGGUCCCACGGCCUCGGGAGGGAGGAAGAUCCCAGGUUCUCAGUUCCGCUGAUACCGAGAGACCGAGGCCGCCCACCCAGUGGUGCGCGGGGUACGGGUGAACCCGCAGGGUCCCACCCAGCCGGCAGCGUCGCGAUGGACUCUCCGCGGCCUGCCUGUGGGCCCCCUGGCUCAGCUGUCUCCUCACUGCAGAGCCCAGUGACCUUCGAGGACGUGGCCGUGCACUUCUCCCAGGAGGAGUGGGGGCUCCUUGAUGAGGCUCGGAGGCGCCUGUACCGCGAUGUGACGCUGGAGGUCUUUGAGCUCAUGGCCUCGCUUGGUUGUUGGCAUGAAGUGGAAGACCAGGAGGCCUGUUCCAAGCAGAAUGCUUCUGUAGAAGGGGUGUCCCAGGUCAGGAUCCCCAAUACACAUCCUUCUACCGAGAAGGCUGAUACCUGUGACAUGUGUGGCCCCAUUAUGAGAGACAUUUUACACCUUGAUGAGCAUCAGGGAACACAUCCUGAGGAGACCCCCUACACAUGUGGAGCAUGUGCAAGAAGGUUUUGGUUCAGUGCGAACCUUCCCCAGCACCAGGAACAGCAGAGUGGAGGGAAGUCCUGCAGAUGGGACAAGGACAGGGAUUCAUCUGUGAAGAGCUCUGUAGUAUGCCUGUCAGAGAAGCCCCUCACUUGCAGGGACGGAUGGAAGGAUGUCUCAGACAGCCAUGACCUCCGCCAGCACCCGGCCGUCAACUGCAGUGGGAAGUCACGUAGGAACACAGAGUGCAGGGAGGCCCUCCCACACAGUUCCAGCCUUGGGAAGUUCCCAGGAGUCCAUACCACCAAGAAGGUCCUCAACCACUUGAGAACUCUCCCUGAAGAUUCACCAUUUAGAUGCCCAACAGUUGUAAAUUCCUUAGAAGAGAAAUCAACCCUUGUUAAUUACCAAAAAUUUCACACUGGAAAAACAUCUCACGUGUGUAAAGAGUGUGGGAAGGCCUUUAGGGACCCAUCUAAGCUGAGGGAACACCAGAAAUUUCACACUGGAAUAAAACACUACGAGCCUUUUGAGUGCAGCGAGUGUGGAAAAGCUUUUAACAACAACUCUGAGCUUGUUAAGCACCAGAGAGUUCACACUGGAGAGCGGCCCUUUGAGUGUGGCGAGUGUGGAAGAGACUUCAAGCAAAGCUCCCACCUCCUUCGACAUCAGAAAGUUCACACCGGAGAGCGGCCCUUUGGGUGCAGUGAGUGUGGGAAAACCUUCAGCAGUAGCACCACCCUCACUCAGCACCAGAGAGUUCACACCGGGCAAAGGCCAUACGAGUGCAGCCAAUGUGGGAAAACCUUCAGCCGCGGUUCCAGCCUGCUUCAGCACUGCAGGAUUCACACUGGAGAAAGGCCUUUUGAGUGCAGUGAGUGUGGAAGAACUUUUAACAAAAACUCCAAUCUUGCUCAGCACCAGAGAGUUCACAGUGGAGAGCGGCCUUAUGAAUGCAGUGAAUGUGGAGGAGGCUUCAGCCGAAGAUCCCACCUCCUGCGACAUCAGAAAGUUCACACCGGAGAGCGGCCCUUUGGGUGCGGCCAAUGUGGGAAGGCCUUUAGCACUAGCACCACCCUCACUCAGCACCAGAGAGUACACACCGGUCAGAAGCCAUACGAGUGCAGCAAAUGUAGGAAAACCUUCAGCUGCCGUUCCAGCCUGGUUCAGCAUGGCAGGAUUCACACUGGAGAAAGGCCUUUUGAGUGCAGUGAGUGUGGGAAGGCCUUUGCUCACAGCUCCAGCCUCAUUAAGCACCGGAGGAUUCACACCAAGGAAAGGCCAUAUGAGUGCAAUGAAUGUGGGAAAUUCUUUAGCCAAAACUCCAUUCUCGUGAAACAUCAGAAAGUUCACACUGGAGAAAGGCCUUAUGGGUGCAGUGAGUGUGGGAAGUUCUUUAGCCAAAAGCACAGCCUCGUUUAUCAUUGGAGAGUUCACACGGGAGAAAGGCCUUUUGAGUGCAGUGAAUGCCAGAGAGCCUUCAGCACCAAUUCUCACCUGGUUCGUCAUCAGAGAGUUCACACACAAGAAAAGCCCUACGAGUGCAGUCAGUGUGGGAAAGCUUUUAGUGAGAGAUCCACCCUUAUUCAACACCAGGUAGUUCACACCAGAGAAAGGACUUGCGAGUGUGGCCACUGUGGGAAAGUCUUCAGCCGCCUCUGCAGCCUUGCUCAGCAUAAAAGGAUUCAUACUGCAUGACCACAAAACAUUUCCCCAAUAGGUGUUUUUUUUUCUUUUUUUUUCUGCUAUGCAUUCAGCCUACUGGGAACAUUUUACUAACCUUAGCAUUGCAUUCAGCCUACUGGGAACAUUUUACUAACCUUAAUUCACAUUGCCAGAUCACUGUCCACUAUAAAUCUAACACAGGCUAUAGGAGGUUUUUGUAAUAGCCAUUGGUAAUCAGUGAGAUUUGAUGACAGCCAUCUUAGAUGUCUGGGGCCUUGAUGUCCUUUGUCUAGCUAAUUCUCAGUUACCAUACAGCUUAUGAUCAAGAGAAUCUCUAUUCCUGUUAAAUAGGACUGACUGAAAUGACAUCAGGAUUGAGCGAAAAAGGGAGUAAUGAAGACUCAAACUCAAGCCCUAACCAGUUUGGCUCAGUGGAUAGAGUGUUGGCCUGCGGACUGAGAGGUCCCAGGUUCGAUUCUGGCCAAGGGCAUGUACCUUGGUUGCGGGCACAUCCUCAGUGGGGGGGCGUGCAGAAGGCAGCCGAUCCAUGUUUCUCUCUCAUCGAUGUUUCUAACUAUCCCUCUCCCUUCCUCUCUGUAAAAAAUCAAUAAAAUAUAUAUUUUUUUAAAAAGACUCAAACUCAGGAGGAACUAAGGCAGUAGAAGAACUCAGAACAUGUGAAAUUCCUUAAAUAAAAGUUUAUUAACUUUAAAUAAUGGUGCCUA